GUGUAAGGACACUCGGCGUGUAUAACACAUGUGCAGAGGAACACGUGCUACAGUGGUGGUGGUGUGCAUAUCCCAAUCAAUGCUGUGCCUCUAUUUAGUGCUGUGUUUCAUUGAUGUUGAAGGUAUUUUGACGUGCUGUGACUUGGUUGAUGGGCACAACAUACUGAUGCUGCAUGCAUCUCGAGUGCAAGAGGCCAGUCGUUGGAGGAGUGUCAAGUGCUCAGUAAGGCAGAACUUGCACCACUAGCUGGAGAAGGCCCAGUGGCAGUGGCGAGAAAGUGUUUAGCGGACGCACUUUCCGUUUUUGUCUCUUGUUAAUUCUGUGUAUUUGUUGUAUUUCCCAACCGGAAACGGAUACUAUUUUAAGUUUUCCAAUCCUUAGUUGAGCUGAUUAUCGGAAAAGUGUGAGCCCGCGCGCGUCGAAAGUGUGUGAAAAUUUACGACCGCAAACCCCGUCUGGAAGGAGAGUGUUAUGACGGGAGUCGCCAUCUCAAGAAGAAGAGGAAAAUUCACUCAUGUGUUGAUUCCGCGUUCGAGGAAGCACAAUUGUCCCUAAUAAUUCCUUGAACUGAGUCUGACAUUGGAUGGGUUUCAUCUCGUACGAUCAAAGUGUGAAUCACGAUUGUGGGAAAGUGCUAUUUUGGGGAAUCGUAUUGUGAAGAGGAUGGGCAAUUUUUCGGAAGUCUGACCUAUCGCUGGGAAUGGAAAAGUGCAUGAAAUUGAAAAAUCGAUAAAAUUUUAUUGCAACUCCAACACACAGCAUACACACAGCAGACAGUUUCGCAUUUGUUGUUGUUUUCCUGUUGUAGGCCAAUGGGCGAAACAAAACUUUUGAUAAUCUGUAUUUAGUGCAUCAAUUUGUGUUUACUCGACUAAACAGAACCGGUUUUAGCUGGCUUGAAAUAAGUUUGUCUUGUUGUUUCUUUGUUCGUCGAUAUUCUGUUUUUGCUGUUAUCAUAUCUUUUCUCGAAGAUAUGCCACAAGUGAUAACGAGGCUUGCGGAGAAAAAUAAGUAAGUGAAUAAGAAGCAUAAGAAAAAGAUCGAAGAAAGUAUACAUUGCUAGUGCCGGACGAAAGCAAGUGAAAAACAACAACCUAAUAAAACAAAGUCUACCUAGUAAAAGUAACUAUGCUCAAGUAUUUAACGCACAAACUUCGCACACAAUCAAUCAACGAUGAUCAUCCGGUCAAUGAGAAGAUUGAUGGUCACGACUCGGGCACGGAGUCCGAUGGCGACUUGGAUCAGGAAGACGAUCUGAUUCAGGAACACGAUAUGGAGCUAAGUUUAAGCUCCCGUCAAGAUACCGUAUCUCCAACAGACACGGCAUGCUCCUCCGAAUCGCCGGCAUUUCUGGGCGCGGCCUCACAUCUGCUGAUGUAUGACCAGAACAGUUCCGAGGAGGAGCUGGAAGUUAUCAAUGGCAGUGUUCUGGAGGCGAGCAGUGAAACAGAAGGCGAUGGUGGUGGAGAUGGAGGCGGGGGUGGUGCUGACUGUGCCAGCGGUAUUAGCUUAGGAAGCAGUGAAAGCCUCAGCCGGCUUGUUGCGGGUCAUCACCAAGAGCUGGCCUCGGUGGACUUCAGCCAUGCGGGCGACGAAUUGGAUGAGUGCACGGAAGAGCUGUGCCUGGCAACGUCCCCAGUAGCGGGUGCGCUUCGGCCACUGGCGAUUACGCCUACCCAGGUUGGCGCUAGCAAGCGGUAUAGUUCUAAUAAUCUGCUUGAAAAGCGCAAACGAUCUCUAGCGCACAGCUCGGACGAGGAGGUUCGUCAUUUGCUCGAAAAUCAGCACCAGCAGCAGCAACAUCAUCAUCAUCACCAUCACCUUUACCUUCAUCAGCCAUUGAUGUCGGCGCCGGUAAACUUCCGCACGUCGCCACCACUAGAAGCUUUAAAACCACACCGUGGCCAUAUAAUCCAGCGAUCGACCACUCCACUCAUCCUGACGGACAGUGGCCGCGGUCUGGAGCACAUUAGAAUAUCAUCGUCCUCGUCGAUUUCGUCGACGACGUCUUCGCUCUCGUCCCUGGGAGGGGCCUCCGUCGGCACGGUCUACGGGGGCGGAAUCGGGGGCCUGCCCACCUGUGAUAGUCCGGCGGCGACGUCCGGCAUCAGCAACCACCAUCAGCAUCAAACGCAGCAUAGUAGUAACAAUCUAGCAUCUCUGUUAAGUACAACAAAUACUCCCACGGGUGCCACAUCAGGCCCGGCAGGUGCCUCCCCGGCAGUGGGAAUGCCAUUCUAUGGUCAGGAACCGGGUGCCGCCAUAGCUCUAGCCAAUAUGGAAAUCAGCCGGUCGGUUAGUCCUCCGGCCAAAGUGUUUCACUGUGCGGUUUCGCCCCGACGGAGACAAUCCCGCCAUCAGCAGCAGAGGAUGCCACGACCGCACAGGCCAUGUUUAGAUUUCGAUAAGAUGCAGCAACUAAAAGCUCGAUCCGUAACCACCUGGAGGCACAGUAAUGAGCACUCGGGCGAGCUGUCCGUUUUUUGUUGGUGAUGAUGAGCGCCCGGCGAACGAUGAUCCGACAAAGGCGAUGACAACGACAUCAUCCCCCGGAAGGGCAACGUUUGUCCAACAGUGAAUGACACAUUUCUGAGAACAUUUCGUUUUGUGCUGAUCGAUGACGACCGCGAACACUAGGACUGGGACGAUGACGACAACUAUCUAUUGUUUUUCAUUCUGGGUAUCGUUAAACUGACUCACUCACCCGAGAAGUCUCCAGCCAUGAGUGCUUUUUAAGUUUUUGACAGAGUUGAGCAUGUUGACGAAUGAUUGCGGAGACAAGAAGAAAAGGAGGAUUCUAUUUGAAGAGCAUCAUUGUGGGAUCCAAUCCAACGAGUUUUUCAUCGUUUCAGUUGCGGUAUAGAGUGUAAUUUCACACCAUAACAAUGAAGAGCGAAAGUGAGGUUAACCGAUGAAGGUUAGAGGAUAUGUGAAGCUAAUUUGUUGUUAACAGAUAAGAAUUUACAAAAAAUGUUUUAUCGAUUAGUUUAAGCUUAAUCUAUUACCUUUCAAAGCAAUUUUGUGAUUUUAAUAUUUAGUAGUGUGUUUUUAUGUUAAUCUUUUUAUCUCAUCCUCACGAGUAAUCCAACAAAUAAUUGCUACUGUUCAAGAAGAACAAUUUAAACCCAGUAGAAUAAUUAGUAUGGUAUGAUUUGAUUGCAAUCGAGUUGUGAAUGUUUUUUUUUUGAAGAAGAGUAUUACUCAGCAUUUGACAAAGCAAAUAAAAUUGGCACGUUUGUGAAAUUAUAUUGAAACUAAUGUGUAGUUCGAUGUCUUAAAGCUAUGAUUGUCAAUGGCAUUGGAGCUUGUUUGGUUGAAUAUUUAAUAAAAGACAUAAUGUAAGUAUCUCUAGUUCUCAGGGACCUAGGGCAUGACUAAAAGAUAUUCUGAAUACUUGGCUCGUACUAUACCGAACGAUUUAUGUGCAGAUGGGGAUUCUUGGGAUAUUUCUGUUGAAUGAGCUCUCCAUGAGGCAAUAUUCUUUGAAAGAAACCGGUAAACUUAGCAACCAGAUUCUGCCAUUUUAAAAUGCACAGAUAGGAACAACUACAAAUGAAGAUACUGCCGCAAUAUCUAUUCUGCCAUUAAUUGAGAAACCAGCAACUCACAUUUUGAAUAGAAAAGCGAGCAUAUUUCUACCAAAUCUACGCCAGUUAAAAUUUCUCCACAAUGAUCUCCGGACUGGUGUAUCAAAUUAAUGGCAGAAGCAGUUCACAUAUAUAACUCGUCUUAUUGUAAUAUCUAUAUGAACUCGAAACACGAAAACAAGCAAAUAUUUUUAAAAGUAAUACAAGACAAACUCGAUCCACUCAAUUAAGAUUCACGAAACCAGCAAAAGUUUCUAAAAUGUAGAUCGCAACACGACAAAUACAUUAUUAUUAUGAUUAUUAUUAUACAAAUAUUUUACCGAAAAACAAGAACUAAACAUCAGAAUACAGCAAAUCAUAGGAUAAAAUAGCCAUUACAAAAAUUAUCAUUAGUCGUUAAAUGACCAGCAGGAUGACCGCUCAGAGGGCUCAUGUUAGAAUUCCACAAAUAAGUCCAUCGUUUUGACCGAGCGAAUACGCAAUUUCACUUGAUUAUGAACGCGAAAUAUGGAGCGAUACUUUACUAGGUGUGAUUCACAUUUAUUGAUACAAAUACGAUGCGUAGAGAACUAAAUAACGAGUAUACAUACAGUCGAACUUAUCAGGCAACUUUAGUUUUCCAUUUAGUUCACAUGAAGAGAUCGAUCUGACCCUUACCGAACAAGUGCGUGCAUUUCAGAACUGCUACUCCCUAAUCCAUCAACUCAAAGCAAAAUUGGAAACUGCGUGGAAAUAACGCUUGUUCCAAUGCACAACUGAUGCCAACUUUGAGGGGCUGUGAUAUUCAAGAAUGGAUUAAGGGCUAUCUGUGAUUAUUUGCAACUUUGGGUCCCACUUUAAUUGAUGGUGGGAAUAAUCAUUAUCUGUAAAUUAUGACGAAUUUUCAUCUGAUUGCAAUAAUGGGAAGCUGUUGGGACUACACGUGAAACAUUUUGAGAGUAAUUGAUAAAUAACUUGACAGUGGGAUGUGAACGAUCUUUCGAACUGUCGUAUAAAUUCAUGUAAUACUCUAGGAGUUACACCAUUUAGACUUUGCGCUGCUUUUGCAUACCAAUUUGCAGUUCCAUUAAGAAGUGUAACUUUUACUCUGUAAGUUGAAUUUUUAACAAGGAUAUCAUUUGGAAUUCACGUAAAACAUUUUUUUUGUUGAAAAUUGUAACUGAAGGACGAAAAAGUUGUACAUUGUCUGUUUGUUGAUAAUGUUUGUUGGAUCGCUUCCUUCUAAAACGUUAAGUAAGUUCAAUUGCAAUAAACUUCCAAACCAAUUCUAGACACCAAACCAAUUCUAGAGCAAAAUUCACGCAGAUGUGUGGGACAAAAAUCUCUGAAAGUCUUGGACAGUUUUUGUCCAGAACUGUCAUGAAUUUGUUUCUGCAAUGUGUGAUAACAGCCUGAAAGGUUAUCAAUUUUUCCCAUAUAUUUGUUUUAUACGCAGCAGUUUGAGAAAUUUGUUACAUCCCAUUGGAACUAUAUUUGGAUUAUUUUGUAGAUAAAAAUUUCCGUUUUUACCCAGAACUAUUACAAAACUCAUUCAUCAUGUUUUUAACGUGACAUGCAAUUAAUAAAAACGGUUGACUUCGAUCAAAAAACAAAAAUAAACCGGUUAGGAGGAACAGACGGAAACAACAAUACAUACAAACACGAUCGCUUUUAAUAUUGGAAAUAACGUUAGAAAAAGAAAAACACACAAACAACUUAUAAAUAUUGUACUAGUAGACAACCCGAUCUUAUAUUUAAGGAUAUAAAUGAUAAAAAGAAAACUUUUUCAGUGAAAUCAAUCAAACCAUAAACAAAAGUAAGGAAAUGGAAAAAGGAUAAAAACAAGUCGAAGCAGAGGUGCAAUGAAUAGUCAACGCGUGAAGGCAAAGCCCACACUCACACAACACGAGAAAAGGUAAACAAAACUCGUAAAAAAAUCUUAGGUGUCGUCUCUAUUGAAUUGGAUAUGAAUAUACAUUAAAAAAAAGAAUGCAUAGCACACUCACAUACAUACACAUACCUAUAUUCACUCAUUCGAACACAGCAACACACAUUAUCAAGCAAACGAAUCAUGGCGCAACAAUACGAUGGAAUGUGAAUUGAUGGUUCUUGCGUUUUAGAUUUGCAAAACCAGCAAGAUGUUUGUCACCGUGAGAGGAGAAUGAACAGCAUGAAUGUUGGAAUUAUGUUUUGUUUACUAUUACGUUCACGUACGUACUUUACUCUAUUUUUUAUUAUAUCAAUGAUACUGAUGCAGAAUGAUUUAGCACUGGAGAUUGGUUGUGUAUAAUCUGAUUUCUGAUGAACAGAAAAUAAAGAAAAAUCAUAUGAA